CACAACUCUGCGACACCUGCAAACAAACUGUCAACAGACUGAAGAGAAGGGACGGAGAAAGCUGGAGCAGACCGUAAUGCGGAAUAAGGGUGCGAAAGGUGCUUAUUAAGCAAAUAACCAAACAGAAAAACAACUUGUAUAAAAAGUUGCGCGAUUUGAGUUCUCUACGGAUCGCACCGAGGGCUGAGAAGAGACGACAGCAGGCUUCUGGUGGAUGGAGUUAAAAUGGACGUGAAGAGAAGAGAGGUGCCUCUAUAUGGACAAGUGAAGGCCCAUGUAAGGUUACAGGCGAACGCUCCUGAAAAUGCAGAGUUUUACAUUGUUGUGCAAGGCUCUGAUCUCACACAUGUGACUGCAGCAAAAAGAGGAGAUGAUGGGCAGAGCCUUUGCUACACAGUUCCCGGCCAUGCCCUUGUGGAGGUUGCCUCUGUGACACCCUACUUUUACGCAGAGGACCAAGUCAACCCAUGUGAAGGUGAAGCUUCUCUUGGAUACAUCAGGGAUGUUGCCCAGCAGGCUGCAGAGUACCUGAGUGCAAACAGGGAGCAGCUCGGCCCUCACAGCUACCUAGAGGUCCUGAAGAGGUUUUCCACGCAGGCAGCUGACGAGGAGCCCUUCGCUCUGGGGUCAGACAGCGAUGAGGAGGAUAUGCGACUCGGGCAAAGUUCAGCUGAUGAAGCUGGUCUCAGGCAGCUGGACGAGAAGAUCACACAGGCUCUGGCCAACAUGGAUUACCCUCUGCAGUGGAAAAACACUGACAGUGAGCUAAGAGAAGCUGCUGUUCUCCAUCCCAAAGAGACCCUCCUUCACCUCGCAGUGCGUUUGGGUUUAGUCCAUCUCUCCCGUUUCUUAAUCCACCAACCGAGAGGUCAGAGGGCGUUGACCUUACCCAAUCAGGAGGGAGACACCCCCCUGCAGCUGGCUCAGAGGGACGGACAGCAUGCCAUGUUCAGGGUGCUUGCAGCUCCUCCUGCAGGCGGCCCUGCUCCAGGUGUGUGUUGUGUGUGGGCCGACAGCUCCUUCAUGCUGAGGUUUUGUCCCGCGACGGACUCCCUGACCCUGACUGUGAGACGUACAUCCACCUCCCCCCCUCAGGACGCCAUCAUCACCCUCCGAGACAAACUGGCAGACCACAGCAUCCUCAAACAGAUCAACAUGCUCAAAGCUGACAGUGAGGUAGACAAGACGGGCAAAAAGGAAUUCCUUCCUAGUGAUGAAGGCAUCAGCACGGAGCUCCGAGUGGAGGAGCACACGCUGGUGGACAACGUAUUUAAUGAGCAGCUUGUCCUUUCUCUGGAUGAUGACGACGAUGAAGACGAGUACACAUCCUCAUUAUCUGUAAAUGGGCAUCCCAUGCAGAGCCAGUUCAGGCAGCAUGCUGCAGACCCCCUACUCUCCAUGAUGAACAGCAGCGAUCGGAUCAUCACACACUCACAGGAUGAAGAAGCAGACCUUCAGUACAGCGUCAGCGGAGUGACGAGGGGCAGCACGGGGACGGACAGCGGGUUAUGGGACACGGUGGACUCAGAUGAUUUCCUUGCAGCCACUGACUCUCCUCCGCCCUAUUCAGAAGAAUUCUUCCUUCCCUCUCUCCCCUGCUCUCCCCCACUCUCCCUCGCUGACCAGGCCCUCGCAAGGCUAAAAAGUCCCACCUCCUCUGAGUCGACCAAUGAGAGGGAUAAUUCCCCCAUGGAAACCGGCGACCUCAGUCCCAGCCUGGUGGCUCUGGAGCUGGACAGUGAAGAGGACAGCACUGAGCCAAAGUCUCCGCUCUCCCCGCUCCUGUCAGAUGUUCAGAAGAGUGAAGAGCAAAGUGAAGCAUCUCGCCCCACCCAUGAGCUCACAUGCACUCGCAGCCAAUCUGCCUCCUCAGCAUGUGAACCCAGCACUAAGGAAUUGGGUGACCAGGGGAUUCGCCCGCGUUCGUAUUCCUACUCUUCCUCCAAAAUCAGCUUGCGUCCCGCUCGUUUUGCGCGGGACAACCACACAUCAGAUAUCAGCCCCGAUGCCGGGCUCCACAGUGUCAGCCACAGCCGAUCUCUCCUUCAGGCCCUCUCUCUGUCUAAAUCUCUGUCUCUUCUCCACCCUGGUAAGCAAAGAACCUCCAGUAUAUCAGAGCAGUCACAUGACAAAAGGGAGAUUAGGUUCCGUAAGCGAGCGCAGUCUGCUGACGAUGAGGGCAGCAUGGAGCUGGCCGAGUCCCUCCAACAUCUCACCCUGUCUGAGUUCCUCAAAGAAAUUGAAGAGGAGGAGUUGGAUAAGUACAACAUCCCAACAAAGGUGGAGUCAGAGAAGUACAAAGUCAUUCGCACCUUCAGUUUCCUCAAGAGCCGGAUGUCUAGCACACGCAACAAGACAAAGGGGAAGGGGAAGGACAGGGAGGCCAAGGACCGGCAGCCAAAUGGACAUCGGUUCAACACAGGCUCCUGUUUGGGCCCCAACAUGUGCGUGGUGUGUGACAAACCAGCUUCUGGAAAGGACCUGCUGCAUUGCUCCAGUUGCACUGCUAUCGUCCAUAAGGGCUGUAAGGAUUCUGUCCCCCCGUGUUUAAAGAAACUUCAGGAUAAGUAUGCUGUUACCACGGCGAAGAACAAGACAGCAUCCCUCCCACAGAAUUUCACAGUGAGAGACAGUCCUCCUCUGUGUGUCCCCGUCUCUACCUCUCUACCUGUCAUGAAGGAAACUGCAGAGUCAUGCCUCCUCUCUGGGUCUUUCACAAACAGUGACAGUCGGCUCAGUGAGGGUUCAGAGACAGAGUGUGACGGCUGGAAGGCGAACAGCCAAUCAGAGGAGCUGCUGCAGACUCCAGUGUCGUCCACCUCCACUGACUCAUCCUUUGGAGAAGACUGCGUGGAUGCGUGUAUCCAUGACGACAUCUCGGCUGACGCUGUGGAUUACGAGGCGGAGUCGUGGAGUCUUACUGUGGAGCACAAGUUCUGCAAGAAGCAGGAGAAACGAGCCGUGAAGAGGCAGGACGUCAUCUUUGAGCUGAUGCAGACGGAGCUGCACCACCUGCAGACGCUGCACAUCAUGGCCGAGGUGUUCCGGCGAGGCAUGAGGGAGGAGGUGCAGCUGGAUGCGGAGGCGCUGGACCGGGUCUUCCCCUGCCUGGAUCAGCUGCUGCUCCUCCAUCACGCCUUCUUCUCUGCCAUGAAGGAGCGGAGACAGAGCUCCGCCCAACCCCAGGGACACAGCAACUACCUCAUCCAGAGAGUAGGGGACGUCUUGCUCCAACAGUUUUCAGACGAGAACAGCGUGAAAAUGAAGCAGGUGUAUGGAGAAUUCUGCAGCCAUCACAACGAAGCAGUCAGCUUUUUCAAAGAGCUCCAGCAGCAUAACAAGAGAUUUCAGAACUUCAUUAAGCAACAAGGUAAUAAUUCCUUGGUGAGGCGGCGGGAGAUCCCAGAAUGCAUCUUGCUUGUCACCCAAAGAAUAACAAAGUACCCGGUGCUGCUGGAGAGGAUCCUACAAUACACUCAAGAGGGAACAGAGGAGCAUGCCGACCUCUCCAGAGCCCUGGCUCAGAUCCGAGAGGUGAUAGCAGCCGUGAACCUGAGUGUCAGUGAGUACGAGCAGCACCAGCGGCUGCAGGAGGUGUGGAACCGCACGGAGAACCGCAGCGCAGCCAAACUGAAGAAUGGACACACUUUCCGCAAGCAGGACAUGAUGAAGCCCGGACAGAUGCUCAAACACCAGGGCCUGCUGCUGUGGAAGACGGCCACCGGACGGCUGAAAGAUGUCUUGGCUCUCCUACUCACAGAUGCACUGAUAUUCUUGCAAGAAAAAGACCAGAAGUAUACAUUUGCCGCAGUGGAUCAGAAGCCUCCAGUCAUCGCACUGCAGAAGUUAAUAGUGCGAGAGGUAGCAAAUGAAGAGAGAGGAAUGUUCCUGAUCAGCGCCUCAGCCGCCGGGCCGGAGAUGUACGAGGUCCACACGUCAUCCAAAGAGGAGAGAAACACCUGGAUGAGGCUCAUCAGGGAGGCUGUGGAGAGCUGUCCUGAGGAAGAAGAAGAAUACACAAGUGGAUCAGAAGAGGAGAAGCGAGCUGCCGAGGCUCGUAUUCAGAAGAUCCAUAAGUUACAAGAGAGUCUGCUGAGCCAGGACCAGCGGAUCUGCGGCAGCCUGGAGGAGAAGCUGCAGCUGUACGCAGCGCUCUCCGCUCUGCGGGGGCGGGGGGGCGCCUCGCUGCUGGACCCCCGGCUCCUCGUCCAGCCCCUCUCUGAGGAGCCUCCGCAGGCCGCCCUGCUGCUGGCUGCAGCUCUGCAAGAGGCUAAGAACCUGAACGCCACGCUGUCCUCUAAGGCCUGCUCUCCAUCCAGCCCCAGCCCGGACUCUGACACAGACUCAGUGUUUCCUGUCAGCUCGGCAGCUCCUGCCCCCCCCCCAUCAGAGUCUGAGGCCUCACCUAAGACCCCGGGGGCCGGAGAGGGGAGCUGGACCGGCGGCUCCCUGCUGCAGGCCCCGUGUGGGCUGCCAAAACCAGACGGCAAUGACAUCGACUUAAAGGUUGCUCUAAGUGUCCAGAGCCUGACCCAGUUACUCUACAGUCUGCAGGCCGCAGUGACCAUCCAGGACAGCUGCUUCGAGGUCCAGAGGCUCCUCCUCCAGGAGACGGGGCGCCCCUCCCCCCGAGCCCAGCGAACGCACCUCCCCAGCAUCCGGGGCAACGCCCUGCAGGAACAGGAGAAGCAGCGGAACCUGGAGAAGAGGAAAGAAGAAGUGGUGGCGGCUCGGCGUCUCCAGGACCGGCUGCGCCAGGAGAAGGAUCGCUGGGAGAGGGAGUGCCAGGCCAGGGAGAGCCAGCAGGGGGAGCAGGAGAGCAGGCUGGAGGAGCGGGAGAGGCAGUGCCACCUGGAGAUGGAGAGGCUGAAGCGCGAGAGGGGAGAGCUGGACGAGCAGCUGGAGGAGUACCAGCAGAGUCUGGAGCGGCUCAGGGAGGGCCAGAGGAGCGUGGAGAGGGAGAGGGAGCGCCUGGACCACCAGCAGACCCUGCUGCAGACCUGGAGGCACAGCCGGCAGAGCAGCCUGCCCACUGUCACCCCCCACAUAGUCAUCCCUCUGGAUGGGACGCAGGAAUCGACCCAGUCCAGAGACCUGGCCGGUAACGGCUCCGUGUUUGUGAAUGAGGCCGCCUUCACAAGCUCUGCCAUCAACAACCGCAAAGGCCGCCACAAAAGAGAUGACCCCAGCACUCACAACUGUCUCAACUCCCUGCUGGCAAAAUCCAACAGCAGACCGCCCCCCGGAGCAAAGACGCCCCACAGCCCACACUCAGACCCCCAGGGAUGGAUGACAGGGACAGGGUACCUGUACAGUCCUGCAGGGAGGCUGGAGCUGCAGCACAGCGCCAGAGAUCCUCACAGCUACAUCGGGGACACAUGGCCGUCAACAGCCAAUGGGGCUGACCCGUAUCCUCUGCUCUCGCAUCCCGCUGACCCUCAGCUGGACCUCCGUGCUCUGGUUUCCUUAGAGACUGACAGCGGUGGUGAGGAGGGCUGUGAGGAAACCAUCGUGUACCUCUGAACGUUGAAACAUGUCAGACUCUCAAACAGCCAACACAGCACUUGGAAAAAAUAUAAAGACAUUUAUGAAGCAACAGGAUUGGAAUCGGGGUAGCUUCCGUGAGCAUUUCACUGAGAAACAGUCUUUUGUCAUGUUUUUCUUUUAUAUUUUAAAGAUGUUUUGUGGUCUUUUGUAAGUGUAAAGUUUUCCGGAACACAGAGCGAGAAACACCGGUGUUUCAUACUCAAUCUCACAUGCGUCAUGCACCUUAGCUCGAGGCACUACUGGGUGUUCAAUGUCUAUUUUCUGUGUGUGUGUGUAUAUGUGUGUGGUCUUUAUUCCCUGCAGCCUCACUAUUUUCCCUCUGCUACUUUCCAUACCUACUUAUUUCCUUUUCUUUCUCAGGUCCCUUAAGCACUAUAUUUAUUAUGUUUACCACAGAAGAAGAGAAAAUGCGUAUACCCAUCACAAGCGAUGCAUCAGGCGGUAUUUCUCUAGUGUGAUUGUCUUACCAUCGAGUAAACUUCCCCUCAUCUAUCAGACGGCUUCUGUGUAUGUACAAGCCGAACAUUAGGAUUGAAAGAUGAGGUGCAACAGCGUCAGUCCCACGUUUUUCAAACCCCAAUAUUUAUUUAUUUUUUAUCUGAAGCACGUUUUUCAUGUGAAGAGAAAUAAGCAAAGAUGAGGCUGUAAGAGAGAUGUUGCAGCUGUGCUAAUAAGUCGGUUUUAUCAGAACGUAGACAUUCAUCCGCAAAAGUCUGAGAAAGCAUUUUUAAGCACACUUAUCCUUGGGGAAAGAAAUGUGGUGCAGGAAGAUUGAAAGAAAGAAAACAUGUUAAAUGGUCGCUACAUUUGUAUUUCUCUCAUUCAUUGUUCUUUCAUUUUAGCCACACUAGCAACUUGGCUCUGGUGAUGGUAAUGCCAGUGAUUCAGUCCUCUCCUUUGGUCCAUCACAGUGAAAUAUUGUGCAGACAUAAGUUUUAAAUAUGAGGAUAAACCCUAAUACAUUUGGUGAUUACAUGACACAUUUUCUAGCCCUACCAAGUGUACAAUGUCUUUGGGUAUAAAUUAAACAUUUUUGACAA